UGUACAAGGGUCUUGUUCCUCUUUGGGGCCGUCAGAUUCCAUAUACCAUGAUGAAGUUUGCUUCUUUUGAAACCAUUGUUGAGAUGAUAUAUAAGUAUGGUAUUCCCACACCAAAGGACCAAUGCAGCAAAUCUUUGCAGCUUGGUGUUAGUUUUGCUGGUGGUUACAUUGCCGGUGUGUUCUGUGCUAUCGUUUCUCAUCCUGCUGACAAUCUUGUCUGUUUCCUCAACAAUGCCAAAGGGGCAACUGUUGGUGAUGCUGUGAAGAAGCUUGGUGUGUGGGGUCUAUUUACCCGUGGGCUUCCGCCCCGUAUUGUGAUGAUUGGAACACUAACCGGAGCUCAGUGGGGCAUAUAUGAUGCUUUCAAAGUGUUUGUGGGACUGUAAGCCAUUCUUAUUAUGGCUAUAAAGCAUCGUUGUCUCGUUUUUCAGGUGAUUAGAGUGAAUGCAUAUGG